UUAAAGAUGAAGAAUCGAAUGGGAAGAGAAAUAGCAAAUAUCUCAAAUAAUCAUAGGAGAAGGAACUUUGAAAUAGAGGAUUUGUCCAAACCUUCAGAUAAAGUUAAAGUUGAGGGACUGAGUAGAGCCAGGAAUAUGAUUAAUGGCCAGGUUGGGAAAAAGACAGAAGCUGCAUAUGCAAGCUCGUGAACUUUAAAGGCAAAUAAAAACACAGAAUAUAUUCGAUAUACUCCUGAUCAAAGUGGAGAAGCUUUUAACUCUGGAGCUCAACAGCGUAUUGUCAAAAUGGUAACUCAGCAGGAAGAUCCUUUACUUCCUCCAAAGUUCAAGCAUAAAAGAGCUCCAAGAGGUGCUCCUUCACCUCCUGAGACAGUAAUGAGGAGUCCCAGUAGGAAGAUCACUGCAAAGGAUCAAGCUGAUUGGAACAUCCCUUCAUGUAUUUCUCAAUGGAAGAACGCAAAGGGUUAUACUAUCCCUCUGCAUAUGAGAAUCCAGUCAGAUGGUAGGAAUCUCCAAGACACCACUAUCAAUCACAAGCAUGCUAAAUUUAGUGAAUCUAUCUUACUCGCAGAGAUUCAGAGUAGGAAAGAAGUAGAGGAAAGGAACAAGAUCAAGCAGAGCCAUCACCUCAUGAUGGAGAUCAGGAAAGAAAAGCAGAUACAGAAGGACGCCACGCUUGCAAGAGCCGAGAAGGAGAAGCUCAUCCAAUCAUCAAUCUCCCAACUCCGUUCAGAGAGGAGGGAUAACCAUGAAGGUGUCGAGUCCAGGAAGAGAACUCGAGAAGAAAUCGAGAGGGAAGAAGCAAAAAGAGAAAGAGACGCAUUGAAAAGACAGAUUAAGAGAGAUGUAGUAAGACAAAGAAGGCUUGAAGUCGCUGGAAAACAAGAUAAAGCUAACCCUAGGGACGGAGAAAGAGACAUUAGUGAGAAAAUUGCUCUCGGACAAGCACAACCAACUUCUAAAGAUGCUAUGUUUGACCAAAGGCUCUUUAAUCAGCAGAGUGGUAUGGAGCAAGGAUUUGGAGAUGAUGAUGAGUAUAACUUGUAUGACAAGCCUCUUUUUGCAGAUAGAACGGCUACAAGUAUUUACAAAAGUACUAAAGAAGUGAAUGAAGAAGAAGACCUUGAAGAUACCGAUAAAAAUAGAGUUGCUAAAGUAUUAAAAACAACAAAUAAGCCAAACAGAGGAUUUGAAGGAGCUGAUUAUACCAAAGGUCCAAGAUGUGCUCCAGUCGAAUUUGAACAGAAGAAUGACUCCACAGAUGUCAAUACAAUGAAAGCAGGUCUUCAAACUUCACAUAAGAGAAGAAAAUAUGAUGAAUAA